AUGUUUGGUGAAGAAAAUGGCGGUGGAAAAAGUGAGAGCGACAACGGAUCUCGGCGUCCUCCGCAUCCUGGUGGUCUGCAUGAAGGACUCGAGCUUCGGGGCCUCGAAAGGAUGAGGCGGAUCGACGACGGCCAUGUUCCACGACCGCCUCCGUUCAGGGUGCUCGCGGCACCCGAUGGGAAUUAUUUGGCACCCCCCACGAUACCGCCGCCCCCGCCGCGUGCACCCGAGCCCUACAAGAUCGCGCCAUCCUCCACGUCCUCCUCUAGGGCCCACAGACGGUCCAGCUUCGUGAUAAUCGCGGACUCGAGGCCGGUGUCGCCUGAGUCGAGGAGCCCGUCGCCGACAUUGGCCACCGGCAGAGUUUCGCCAUUUCGAGGACGCGGAUUCAAGGGACCGCCACCAAGAUCGAGGUCGAGGCCACAGUCCCCGGAACACGCCGAUGGACGGAAAAGAGGUCGAAACGAUCGUCGAGUUUCAGUAUCGCAGCAGAGCAGCCCAAGAAGAAGUCUCAUACCGCAGCCAACUCGACAGCGCUCGACGUCCCUCAGCAAAUCGAACGAGCGUCUUUCGUCGCCAAGAAUCGGUCGCCGCGUGGACUCGCGAACCCGUUUGAACGUCACCGACUCGAGGAAUCGCCUAAACGUGUCUGGGAACAGCAACAGCACCACGAACCUGGUCACACGUCGACAAACCACCAGGACACCCAGCAAACUCUCGCCUAUCCAGGGUACUCCGACGAAGCCAGAAAAAACGCCGCAGUUCGUGCGGAGAGACAGGUCCAAGGAAGUGACGAGGUCGUCGACGACCAAGCUGCAAAAGGUCGCCGCGUCUCCGUCGAAAAAUCUGAGGAACGCGAGGAGAGCGACCCAGGAGAAGACGACGUCGAGCAGAACGUCGAGCAAGGAAUGCGUGACGUCUCCGUCGAAGAUCCCCUUGAAGACGAACAAGAUCGGCACGAAUAACUUGAACCCGGCCAGGUUCAUCACCAUCUCCAAUCAGCCUAACGAGAGGAGCAGAAAGGCGGGCGACAAGGGGUCCAAGGCGAACGAGUCCAAUCAGACUGGCAAACAAACGGAAACGGGCUCGAAGGAGUCUCAGAACUCGUCGAGCUCGGAUCGCGUGGGCAAUUUGCACUUGAUCGAUCUGUUGAAACAAUCUUCCGGCGCUACCGGCACGUCCAGCGUGGUGAACACGACGGCCACAACAGCCGUGCAGCCACUGCACAUAGACGCGAACGCUGUUCCUUCGGAGAAAGAUGCUUCAGAGAGAAGAAACCCAUCCGAGAGGACGAAGAACAAGUCAUCGGACCCUAACAGCAAAUCUUCCAACCCUUCGAACGACGAUUCGGUUGCUAGACAGGCGCAAAACGGUCAACCUGUCGGCGACGAUCAGCGUUCGAACCAGGUCUCCAGGUCUAGCAAGCCUGGUAACAAUUAUGCUAGAACGAAGGGUGGAACGGACAGCAGGAACGAUUCGCCCAUCCCAGAGGCUGUUGGCGGCCAUUCGAAGAACAGUAGCGUCGGUCAAUCUGUGAAGAGCCUCAACAAAGCGAACGGAGCGGCGAACAACACCGGUUCGGCCACGCAGCAGCGUUCGAACAGGAACCAGACCGCGAUCAACGAUCAAAAUGCGAAGAAUUCCAAGUACAACGAUCAAAAGUCUGAGGAUCCGGCCGCGUUGCAAUCCGUUUCGACGAGCAACUCGACGAGGACCAACGACGUGGAGGCGGCGAACGAUUCCGUGAGGAAUUCUGCGAGCACCGGCACGCAGAGAUCGAUGGCCAGUGCUACGACGAAACAGGAAGACGCGAAAACUGUUUCGAAAUUGACCACAGAGUCGGAGACGAAGGUUCCCGCGAACGCUGCCACGGGGAACGUUGCGACGAACGCGGUCGUUGCCGAUCAAUCGACGACCGCCGCGAAGACGAACAACGUGUCCGCCAUGAUUGGUGCAGUGAACGGCUCGAAGAAUGUGAACAGCGCCGAGGUGAAACCACGGCAAGUUAAUCAUGGAAGUGGUACGUCCUUGAAAUCGUCCGCGGGUAUGUCGGUCGAUUCGAUCGAAAGCGUGAGGUCCACUGACACCGGGGUGAGCGUGGACACUGUUAGGGGUGUGUCCUCGCCGAGGGAGAAGACGGGGAUGCACGUGGUGAAACGACCGCAGGAAAUCGAGACUCUCAGCGGGAACGUGGUGCACCUGGAACAGAACGGCGAGCCAGCGGUGCUGGGAGCAGCGAACGGCGUUGGUGAACGGCCGCCCGACGGAUUUUUCGCGCGUUGUAAGAGGUCUUUGGGUCGCUGUUGCGAGUGUUGCCCCAGCAUGAGGUGUCUCGCCUGUCGUACCAACCCCAAAGGACUCGCCUGGCCUGGGAAUAACACCAGGAUCACCAACGUGACGGACACGAACGAAGCAGCUCGGCAGCCCGCGGUUGAGAGAAACGAUGCACCUGUUGGCUGCUGGUCGAAAUUCAAGAAUGGAUGCAGGUGCAAUCGAUUCAGGGAAAUAAAAUGUUGCUCAAGAAGAUCGAGGAUCGCGCCAGCCGAGGCAGCCGUCUGUUGUCCUCCGGAACGAAGAUUCGGCGCCAUUUGCCGUCGAUUGUUCGACAGCUGCAAAUGCAAACGAAACGUUGAAGUAGAACGCACAAGAAGCAUACGUGCCAAGAACAGUCUUACCAGCGUAGCGCCGCCCCCAUUAUCGGAGGAACCAAAGGCCAAGAUACCGGAUGUCCUGGUGGAGCACAAUUCCCUAAUGCGCGGCGCUAUUCCGUGUCUACCAGUACCUCUCGCCUGGUUCUGUCUAGUGUGGAACGUUUUACUGCCCGGUUCUGGCACCGUUUGGAGCGGUCUUUUCAACUUGUGCACCGGACAGCCGAGAUUCUCUGCGGUGGCUGGAUUGAAAUCAAGGCUCGGCGCCUUCGUGGUGAACCUAGUGGUCGGAGUGGGUCAAUUAUUCACCGUUUUAUUCUGCCUGGUUGGGUGGGGCUGGAGCAUUUGGUGGGGCGUCACUUUGGUUCGUUUAGCCAGGAAAUACAAGCGAUUCAAGGCUUCCGAGGCAGCCAGCAACGAUCCCGAGGCCAGGGGUGGUGAACCAGCGGCUCUGCCACCCGGGGUGCCCAGUCAAGCCCUAAGAGGGAUGGAACGGACCCGAUGA